UUCAUGUGAUAUAGACAAUUGGACAUAGGGCAAAUUCUUCCGCUUGUAAACCGCUUAAUCUUUUCCAUAAUAAACUUUUUCAUUGAAUUAUCCAGGAGUAAUUCGUCCGUAGAAGCCCAAAUUCCCACGCAGACAGCCAUUAGUACUCACUCCUCUCCGAGAAGGGAGGGAACAGCCACAUGCAUUGAGCGAAGUAAGUCGAACAGCCAGCCAGUGAGUAUUGUAGUAGUGAAGUACUCGUUAGCGCACCAACUCGGCGAGCAUCCCCACUAGUCUCUGUUGCCUACGAGAUCUGGAAGACCGAGGAGGAGAGUUCAUUCCGCUACAGUCAUCCAUGGCUCUGUGCAACGGAGAAACCAAGCUGGACAUCAGCAGCGUUGAGCCUCAGAAUGGUUCAUGUGAGGGGGCAGUGGUCAUCCUGGACGCCGGUGCUCAGUACGGCAAGGUGAUUGACAGGCGGAUCAGAGAGCUGUUUGUCCGCUCAGAGAUCCUCCCACUAGAGACGCCAGCCUUCGCCAUCAGAGAACAAGGCUUCAGAGCCAUCAUCAUCUCUGGUGGUCCUAACUCUGUGUAUGCUGAGGAUGCCCCCUGGUUUGACCCUGCCAUAUUCACCAUUGGAAAGCCUGUCCUGGGUAUCUGCUAUGGAAUGCAGAUGAUGAAUAAAGUUUUUGGAGGAACAGUACACAGGAAGAGUGUGAGAGAGGAUGGAGUGUUCAACAUCGGAUUGGACAACACCUGCUCUCUCUUCAGGGGCCUGCAGAAAGAGGAGCUGGUGCUGUUGACUCAUGGGGACAGUGUGGACAAGGUGGCCGAUGGCUUCAAGGUGGUGGCCCAGUCAGGGAGCAUCAUUGCAGGUAUUGCCAACGAGCAGAAGAAACUGUAUGGGACCCAGUUUCACCCGGAAGUGGACCUGACAGAGCGGGGCACAGAGAUAUUACGUAACUUCCUGUUUGAAAUCGCCGGCUGCACCUCCAACUUCACCGUCCAGAAUCGCCAGCAGUCCUGCAUCACAGAGAUCCAGGAGAAAGUUGGCAAGUCCAAAGUACUGGUUCUGCUGAGUGGCGGGGUGGACUCCACGGUGUGUACGGCCCUGCUGAACAAAGCUCUGAACCAGGAGCAGGUCAUCGCGGUGCACAUCGACAACGGCUUCAUGAGGAAAAGAGAGAGCCAGAGCGUUGAGGAGGCCCUCACCAAACUGGGCAUCAACCUCAAAGUGGUGAACGCAGCACACACUUUCUAUAACGGCACGACGACCCUGCCCAUCUCCGACGAAGACCGGACGCCACGGAAACGCAUCAGCAAGACCCUCAACAUGACCACCAACCCCGAGGAGAAGAGGAAGAUCAUCGGAGACACCUUUGUCAAGGUGGCCAAUGAGGUGAUAGGGGAGAUGAACCUGAAGCCGGAGGAGGUGUUCCUAGCCCAGGGCACCCUGAGGCCAGAUCUCAUAGAGAGUGCUUCUCACCUCGCCAGCGGCAAGGCAGAGGUCAUCAAAACACACCACAACGACACAGAGCUCAUCCGCAAGCUCAGAGACGAGGGAAAAGUCAUUGAGCCGCUGAAGGACUUCCAUAAGGAUGAGGUUCGGGCACUGGGCAGAGAACUGGGACUGCCAGAGGACAUCGUCUGUCGACACCCUUUCCCUGGUCCUGGCCUGGCCAUCAGAGUGAUCUGUGCAGACGAGCCCUACAUCUGUAAGGACUUUGCUGAGACCAACAACAUCCUCAAGAUCAUCACAGACUUCUCCGCCAUGGUCAAAAAGCCCCACACGUUGCUGCAGAGAGUGAAGUCGUGUAUAUCAGACGAGGAGGAGGAAAAACUCCUGCAGAUCACCAGUCUUCAUUCACUCAAUGCCUUCCUGCUGCCAAUCAAGACUGUGGGAGUCCAGGGUGACUGUCGGUCCUAUAGCUAUGUGUGUGGGGUCACCAGUAAAGAGGCUCCACACUGGGAAUCCCUCAUGUUCCUGGCCAGACUCAUCCCUCGCAUGUGCCACACCAUCAACAGAGUUGUGUAUGUAUUUGGGUCCCACGUGAAGGAGCCCCCCACAGACAUCACCCCUACCUUCCUGACCACGGGCGUUCUCAGCACACUCAGACAGGCAGACUUCGUGGCCCACUCCAUCCUCAGAGAGACUGGUUACUCUGGGAAGAUCAGUCAGAUGCCAGUCAUCCUGACCCCGCUGCACUUUGACCGCGAUUCCUCACAGAGGCAGCCGUCCUGUCGGCGCUCUGUGGUCGUCAGAACUUUCAUCACCAGCGACUUCAUGACCGGGAUACCUGCCACGCCCGGAAACCACAUCCCGGAAGAGGUGGUGCUGAAGAUGGUGAAUGAGAUCAAGAAGAUCCCUGGCAUCUCCCGGGUGAUGUUUGACCUGACCUCCAAACCUCCCGGCACCACAGAGUGGGAGUAGAGCUCAUGGAGAGAGAGAGAGAGAGAGAGGGAGAGAAGGGAGGUGUGGUGAGCUCCUCUCCUAACACCUCCACACUCCCCUGGCCUGCCCUCCCCUCCCAAUCUCACCCCUCCUCUCCUCCUUUCUUUCCCUCUCCUAACACCCCCCCCAUCCAACUUCACCCCUCCUUUCCGAUCACCCGCCCCCGUAGAACAUUCCCAUGGAAAGCAGGCAGUACUGUGACCAGCGCACACUUGAAGCUGCCGCUCUGCCCCCUCCCCCUUCAUUUUUUUGGGAGGGGUGGUUGAAUAGAUAUGACUAUUCUUCCUUCUUUUUGGAUCCGUUUCUUCGUGCGUGACAAUACUUCUUUUUUUUCCCCCUUUGGUGUAAGUGCCGCUUCCUGUUUGGAAACAGUUAGUUGAGGUCAAGAGUUAAGGAGUUCAGGAAGUGGAUUGUGUACACGGUAUGCCUCAGAUUACAGCGAGACCAACAACUGAAGAAAGCGAAACGACAUACUUGUAUGACAUAACGGAAGAGCAGCAACUAGCCAGUGGUUUAAAAAGUCAUCCAUCGUUUUUUUUUUUUUUUUUUUUGCAUUUUUUUGUUACACUUCUGACAGUUCGUUUUGUCCCAAGAUGAUUUUUACUCAUCAUUUACAUUUCAACUGUAUACUGUACAAAGAGACAGGGGUUGCCUGCCCAAAGUCAUUCAGCAGACAAACUCUGACCAAUUAGUAUAUAUUUUUUUUUUUACUUUUCAUUUUGCCAAAUGUAGAUGAGCUGUGGUGAAAUUAGAUCUGGGUUAUUAUCUCUUGUUAACGAUCCACUUAAAUCAAAAUGGUGAUGGUUAAGCUACCGACCGCGGUCAACAGAAAAUAUUAGUUUAUUAUCACAGAUGUGUAACUGUGUGGGAAGCCCCCAAAAUGACGGGUUGUUCUUUUGUUUUGUGUGCCUGUUUCUUUGCUCCUCCUUUGUUUUUGUUUCAUUAUUUUUUUCUUCAUGUUUUUCAGAGAAACAAGAGGACUGACAAUGAAUUCAGAUGUUACUAUAGUCUAACUGAUGUGUGAAUGUCAUCUUUGUUGUUAUCACCUCCUACAGGUGUGUAGGAGCAACGUUUGCACAUUUCUCUUUUUACCCAUAAAGCCAUGGUGCUUUCCUGACGCGAAGGGAAUGUACUUCCAGUUGACGGAUUUUAAAACCCAAUCACGAAGCGUCCCCCUUUUUUAUAGUGUCAAAGGUCAAAUUGAAGACCGGCAGUGGCCGUCUUGAACGCUUGAACUACCAGAGGAGUCCCCAAAUAGGCAUUCCCAGUAACCUGGUUCUGCGAAUGCUUUAGUCCUCAGCUAGUCCAGCACUCGGCGUUUUACUGGGCCUGAAACAAGUCGUCUUAAGGACCCCUGUCUGCCCCAUGUCCAGCCUGUAGGUCAUGUUUUACUGUGCGAUAAUACUGAUUUACAUGCCUCUGUGUUUGACUUUGUAACCCUCACCUUAGAUAUUAUUUAGUUAUAACAGCAAAAUACCCAAUGCAAAAUGAAUCUGUUCCUUAACUGUCUUAAUUGCAACUUGUUCUUAAUGUCUCUCCUUUUGUGUUGCCUUUUACUUGUGUAUUUUAUGAUACACAUGUUUACUUGGAAAACAAAAACGGCUUUAAAAUUUAUGGGUUUAAUUUUAUAGUUGGAUUUUACUGCAAUAUUGAAAUGAUUAAGUUAUGCAAUUCUGUGUCAAGAUCAUUUUGUUUAAAAUGAUCAAUGCUCAUUUUUCCUUAGUAACGUGCCUCACAACAAGCCACCGCAUGCAGUUUCACGAUGACAUUUGUAUAAUGAAAAACCAAGCUUUAAUAAAUAAGUCCAUGUUGAA